AUGGUUAAGAAGGCUAUCGACUCGCGUAUUCCUACGCUCAUCAGAAAUGGUGUUCAGGAGAAGAAGCGGAGUUUUUUCGUCAUUGUCGGCGACAAAGCUCGUAACCAGCUUCCUAAUCUUCACUAUCUGAUGUCGUCGGUUGAUAUUAAAAUGAACAAGUCUGUUCUGUGGGCUUAUAAGCACAAAUUGCUUGGUUUCACCAGUCAUCGUAAGAAGAGAGAGAACAAGAUCAAACGUGAUGUGAAACGAGGAAUUAGAGAGGCCAAUUCUGAGGACCCCUUUGAGUUGUUUGUGUCUCUUCAGAACAUUCGUUAUGUCUACUAUAAGGAGACUGAGAAUAUUCUAGGUAACACCUAUGGAAUGUGUAUUUUACAGGAUUUUGAAGCUAUUACUCCGAAUAUUUUAGCCCGUACUAUCGAAACUGUCGAGGGUGGUGGUAUUGUGGUCAUUCUGCUCAAGUCUAUGACUUCACUAAAACAAUUGUACACUAUGACUAUGGAUAUCCAUGCGAGAUAUCGUACUGAGGCUCACAACGAUGUUGUGGCACGUUUCAAUGAACGUUUUAUUCUUUCUCUUGGAUCUUGUGAAAAUUGUUUAGUAGUUGAUGACGAGUUGAACGUUCUGCCAAUUUCCGGUGGUAAACAUAUUAAACCUCUUCCUCCAUUUGACGAAGAGGAAGAUACUCCUGCCAGUGUCAUUGAACUACGAGAGCUUAAGGAGUCGUUACAAGACGUUCAACCAGCUGGUGCAUUAGUUAAUCUUGCCAAGACUGUUGACCAGGCCAAGGCAACUUUGACUUUCGUUGAUGCUAUUGCUGAAAAAACUCUUCGUAGUACUGUUACUCUGACUGCUGGUAGAGGUAGAGGUAAAUCUGCUGCUUUGGGUAUCGCCAUUGCCGCUGCUAUUGGCCAUGGCUACUCUAAUAUUUUCAUCACUUCUCCAAGUCCUGAGAACUUGAAGACGUUGUUUGAGUUCAUUUUCAAGGGAUUUGAUGCUUUGAAUUAUGAAGAACACUUGGAUUACGAUAUUAUUCAGUCCACUAACCCUGCUUUCAAUAAUGCUAUUGUCAGAGUUAAUGUUUUCAAGAGUCAUAGACAAACUAUCCAAUAUAUCCAGCCUUCAGAUGCUCAUGUUUUGGGACAAGCUGAGCUGGUUGUUAUUGAUGAGGCUGCAGCAAUUCCUCUGCCUCUUGUUAAAAAGUUGAUUGGUCCAUAUCUUGUAUUCAUGGCUUCUACUAUCAACGGUUAUGAAGGUACUGGUCGUUCAUUGUCACUUAAACUGAUCCAACAACUACGAGAGCAAGCUGGUUCGAGUGCUAUCAAGAACAGCACAACUACAGCCUCUUCGGGUGUUCGUACUCUUCGCGAAGUGUCAUUAAAUGAGCCUAUUAGAUAUGCUUCUGGAGACCCUGUUGAAAAAUGGCUCAACAAGGUCUUGUGUUUAGAUGCUACUAUCGGUUCUUCAUCUCGUCUGGCUACUAAGGGAUUCCCGCAUCCAUCCGAGUGUAACUUGUUCUACAUCAACCGUGACACUCUAUUCUCUUUUCACCCCGUUUCAGAAGCUUUCCUUCACAAAGUAUGGGCUCUUUAUGUUGCCAGUCACUAUAAGAACUCGCCCAACGAUUUACAGCUAUUAAGUGAUGGUCCAGCUCAUCAGUUGUUUGUGUUAUUACCACCAGUUGAUGAGAACGAUUCUCGUCUCCCUGAACCAUUGUGUGUUGUUCAGCUUGCUUUAGAAGGUCAGAUCUCAAAGUCCAGUAUUCUUAACAGUUUGGCCAGUGGAAAGAGAGGUGGAGGUGACUUGAUCCCAUGGGUCGUUUCUCAGCAGUUCCAAGAUGAAGAAUUUGCUGGUCUUUCCGGUGCUCGCGUUAUUCGUAUUGCUACCAGUCCUGAGUACAUGGGCAUGGGAUACGGAUCUCGUGCUUUGGAACUCCUUACCGACUACUAUGAAGGCAAAUUUGCUGAUAUCUCCGAAAAGGCCAACACCCUUAGUGAGACUCACCAGGCUCAACGAGUAUCGGACAAAGACCUUGAAAAGGCUACUCUUGCAACCGACGUUAUCAAGACCAAGGAUCCUCGAACCAUGCCACCACUACUUCUCAAGCUGUCCGAGAGACGUCCUGAGGCUCUCCACUACCUAGGUGUUUCUUUCGGUUUGACUAAUCAGCUCAACAAGUUCUGGAAGAGAGCUAAGUUCGCCCCUGUAUAUCUUCGUCAGACUGCCAACGAACUGACUGGUGAGCACACUGCCAUCAUGUUGAAGGUUCUCAGUGGCCAUGAAGACAAGUGGUUGUCUGAGUUCAGUGGCGAUUUCCACCGUCGUUUCUUGGCUUUAUUAGCUUAUGAGUUCAGAUCGUUCACCAGUGCACAAUCUCUAAGUAUCAUCGAGGCAACUAAGAAUGCCACUGCCAAGUACCAUACCAACAGCGUAUUCGACAAGGAUGCUCUAGACAGAGAGUUCACGCCAUUCGAUCUCAAGAGAUUAGAGUCGUAUGCCAACAACCGACUUGACUACCACGUCAUUGUUGACCUACUGCCCAAGAUUGCUACUCUGUACUUUGCCAACAAGUUCUCUAGCGAUGUUUCACUUUCCAGUGUUCAACAAGCCAUCCUUCUUGGUAUCGGUCUGCAGAAGAAGGACAUUGACACAGUUGCAGCCGAACUUAACCUGCCCGUCAACCAAACACUGGCCAUGUUUGCCAAGACCACCCGUAAAGUGUCCAAUUACUUCCGUGAGACCCUUGCCAAGGCUAUUAACGAGGAGUUGCCUGAAAUCAGAGACCAGGAGUUGGACGAGAUGGACGGUGUCAACGGAAAUGCUGCCAACGUUCCCGAAGCCGACGAAGAAAUCGACGACACUGCUGACGACAACAAAAAGGCACUCAAAGAGAAGCAACGUGAGCUCAUCAACGCUCUUGACCUGCAGAAGUUUGCCAUCUCGCAAGACGCCGAGUGGGGUUCCGAGUCUGUCAAGAAAGCAGCCUCGGGAUCAACCAAGGGAACCGUCAGUCUCAAAUCAACCAAAGAAACCAAACGCAAAGAAACCGCCGAAGAAAUCUACGAAAGUGAGAUGGGCGGAUCCAAAAAGAAGAAGCAAAAGAAAAACAAGCACUAG